UAAUAGCCCCCUCGUGAGACAACCAGCUUGGGGACGCUCCCCGCAGGGGUCUUGAAGACAGGGAGCCACCCAGAUGUUUGCGGCUCUCAGAAUUUGUCAGGAAACGUUUCUCUCAAACCACGGAGGCCUGCUAUAAACUUAUACAGGCGACCUGCCCGCCUAGCUCAGACGACACAUCCUCUUUUCAUUUUCUUCUGCUCUCCUCCGUUUUCCAAACAGACUUGGCAAUGGAACGUGUUGACCUUUUGCUUUGGAGCUGGGAACAUUAUGUCUGAUGGCCACAGAGAGGCUACCAGCCCUUGUGAGAAGGCUCUGGAUGGGAGGGUCCCAGUGUUGGAGGCCCCCAGACGCCACUUGGUGUUGCCCUUGCUCAUAAGCAAACAGGCACCAGAGUUUCUCUGCCCUUGGAGUGCCUCAAAGUCAGAGCCGAGCCUGCAGGGCCCAGAAGGGGUUAAACUUGAAGCCUCGUCUGUUUGCCUUUGCACUGUGCACCGUGACGAACCUCAACAUAAAAUAUUAGUCUUGGUUAAUCCCCAGGACACGAAGACAGUGAUGGCUGUUUACAUAAAGGAGUCCUGGUGGCCCACCGAAGACGUCCUACGAACCUCUGAUCCUGCCAGAGAAGGUCUCAUGAAGGUUCAGUCAUUUGGGGAAAGGAUUGUGCUUUUCAUUCUAAAUGUCGUUAUUUUUGGAAGACUGGAGAGAAAUUUGGAUGACCGAGACAUGUUUUUUUUACCUCACUCUGUGAAGGAGCAAGCAAAGAUUCUGUGGCGGGAUGGGUCAGCUGUUGGAUUUUACACAACCAAAAGGAAAGGCAGCCUGUGUGGUGAUGGUAUGGGUGCAUGCUACCUGCUACCUGUCUUCGACACCGUGUUUGUCAGGAGGAAGUACCGUCGCCAAGGCCUGGGCAUGGCCAUGCUGCAGGACUUCUGUGAGACGUUCCGAGAGGAUGAAGCCCUGGGCGUCAGUUGGCCGAUUUCUCCUGCUAUGUACCAAGUCUGCAGGAAGUUCCUGUUGGCCCAUCCGGAGGAGCGCGGACGCCUGUGGGAGGUGGAACCCCCAGGAGCCUGGGGCCAGCGAGGCAGCAUCUGGCUGAAGGUUCGACUGCAGCAGUCAAGACCUCCAGACUCUCACCCAGGAGAUGCCAAGGACCGUGUGAGCAGUCAAGGGCAGACUACUCCAGAUGAGGGAGCCGGACAGUCCGAAGAAGGCAAGAAGGAGAGGACCCAUGGAGAACGGGAGGAGAGAAAGAGCGAUCAAGACUGCGGAGUGGAAGAAACAGCAGCGGGAUGGCUUGGAGGAGCCUGUGGGGCCCAGCCGGAGGGGAAGGAGGCCAAGAGGACAGCGGUGGAGGCGGGGCUGGCCUGGGAGUCCCAGGAGAAGCACCUGCGGCCCAGCUCCUGACUCCUGGGGGCAAACCCGAGCCUCCUCGAGGAGGCUCUGUCUGGGCUCUGGGGGGCACAGGCAUGAGCGCUGCCUCCGUCAUUCUGUGCUCGCACACCCAGCAGCUGGCCUCUGCCCUUGCUGCGUUGUCCUUUGAGGAGAAAGGGACGGCACAGACCCUGCCCACCUCGGGCUUGUUUUGUGGGCUCAGGUGAUAGAAAGCCUAUAAAAGUGCUUUAUUCCUCAAGCACAGAGAUCUAAUAAGCAGGUACAAGCAGCCGUUUUCCUGGGCUCAGAUCUCAGAAGUGUGUUUGUUAAACCUAAUACGGUUUCUGUUACCUGGGGUGAAUUGGUAGAGACUGUACUAGAACCACGCGGAUAUGCCUC